AUGGAUAAGAAAUACAAUAUAGCCAUGGUAUGUGACUACUUCUACCCACAGCCUGGUGGUGUGGAAUUUCACGUUUAUCAUCUAUCCCAAAAACUUAUAGAUUUGGGCCAUUCGGUUUGCAUUAUAACUCAUGACUACGGGUCUCGAACUGGCAUACGCAUGUUAACCAAUGGUCUACGUGUCUACUAUUUACCGUUCUUGCAAGUGUAUCGAAGCACUACAUUUCCAACUGUCUUUCUGGCUCUUCCGGCACUACGAAACAUCUUUGUGAGGGAGGAAAUCGAUAUUGUUCAUGGACAUGGAUCAUUCUCCACGCUAGGCUGUGAGGCUAUUUUCCAUGGUCGUACCAUGGGAUUGAGGACUGUAUUCACAGAUCAUUCCUUGUUUGGUUUUGCUGACUUCAAUUCCGUCGUCGGCAACAAGGUUCUCAAGUUUACACUUAGUGAUACCAGCCAUGUCAUAUGCGUGUCUCAUACUUGCAAAGAGAACACGACACUUCGAGCUUCCCUCGACCCGGUGGACGUUUCUGUCAUUCCAAAUGCGGUCAUCUCAGCUGAUUUUGCACCCGAUUACACUCGAGUUAGAGAUAAAUCACGAAUCACGAUUGUAGUGAUCUCGAGACUUUUUCCAAAUAAGGGUGCAGACCUCCUCACAGCAAUUGUGCCACGAAUCUGUGCAGCAAAGCCAAAUGUCGAUUUUCUCAUCGCGGGCGAUGGGCCAAAGUUCCUAGACUUGGAGCAAAUGCGAGAGAAGUACUUUCUUCAGGAAAGAGUGUCUCUCAUUGGCGCUGUGAAGCAUGAACAGGUCAGAGAUGUCAUGGUCAAAGGUGACAUAUAUCUACAUCCAUCUUUGACUGAAGCUUUUGGAACAGUUAUAGUUGAGGCUGCAUCCUGUGGCUUAUACGUGGUAACUACAAAAGUGGGCGGCAUCCCCGAGGUUCUUCCGCACCAUAUGACGAGUUUUGCAGACCCGGAAGAGGAUUCUCUAGUUGCAGCUCUGAUAAAGGCCAUUGACUUGGUGCUGCUGGGAGCAAUUGACACAUCACAGUUCCACGACGAGGUGGCAAAGAUGUACAGUUGGGUCAACAUCGCUAAGCGUACCCAAAACGUCUAUCAUUCACUAGAAGAUAAGCCAUUGAAUCAGCCGUUGCUUGAAAGACUAAAAAAAUACUACUUCUGUGGUGCAAUCGCUGGAAAGCUCUAUGUUUUGUGUGCUAUUGUCGACAUUUUUAUUCUAAUUGUCAUGGAGUACUUCUACCCAGCCGAGCACAUAGAUCGAGCGACAAAAUGGCCCAAGCAAAAACGUCCGAAGAAUUUGGAGCCAAAUGACGAUUGCUCAGUAUUGUUUUAA